AUGGCCUCGAGAGUUCGUCAUCUUGCUCCUCUGGUUCUCAGCUUACUCUGGUUAAUUGCUAGUCCACCCCUGGUUUCGUGCCAUUUGAGACCGCCGGACACCUUCAGUUACCACGGAGGGCUUCUGUUGACGGGAAAACUCGACAUUUCAAUCUUCUUCUACGGUCCAACUGGACGCACACAAAAGCGUGUGGUGAGGUCUUUCAUCAAGUCGCUGAACCAUGGUGGUGGCACCCCCAAGCCUCGGGUAACAUCUUGGUGGGACACUGUCGAGAGCUACCAAUCCAUAUCUUCCCCCGAUCAUUCUGCGCCCAAAAUCGCAGUCAAAGUGGUGAGUCAAAUAACCGAUAGAAGUUACUCCCUGGGGAAAGUCAUCACCAUUGACUUCAUAAAGUCGAUGGUCAAGACGGCCACCGCCGGGAAGCCUCCUGCCGGCCUUGUCGUCAUAUUCACCGGUAAGGAAUGUGCGGUCGCAUCCCUUUGCAGGGGAAGAUGCUAUGAUCACGGAGUCAUCGAUAACCAGCCUUAUCUCAUCGUCGGAAACCCCGAAGUCGAGUGCCCCGGUGCUUGUGCCUGGCCCUUCUUGAAGUCCAGCUACGGCCCUCCAGGCAUCACGCUCAAACCACCAAACGGAAACCCCGUCGUCGAUGCCAUUCUAGUCAACUUUGCUGCCGGGUUGGCUGCUGCCGUCACCAAUCCAUUCAUGACCGGAUUUUCCAAACCAGGACCUAAAUCGUGGCCCUUAGAGGCCAGCACUAUGUGUGAGGGUAUGUUCGCAAGAGGGGCGUCCCCUGGGAAUCCCGGGAAGGUGGCGUUGGACGGGAAAUCCGGUGGGGCGUUCAAUGCUUAUGGACUCAACGGUAUGAAGUUCUUGCUACCUGCGCUGUGGAAUCCACGAACAUCAUCAUGCUGGACCCCGAUGUAG